AUGUCGAAUUUAGACUCUCGGAAACUUUUCCCAGUAACCGGAAAAGACUCCGGGAAUAAGGAAUUUUUCCAGCGCAUGCCAACAAGAACUUACAUUUCCAAGAAUGAAGCACAUGCUCCAGGCAUUAAGGCUGCGAAGGACCGUGUGACAGUGUUGUUGGGUGCAAAUGCUAGUGGAGACUUAAAGCUUAAGCCUGUGUUGAUGUAUCACUCUUUCAACCCGCAAGCUUUAAAGGGUUACAUAAAAUCUACUCUAGGUGUUCACUUUAGGUCAAGCAAGAAAGAUAAUGCACCAAGCCACCCUACCACCAUUGCUGAGCUUUCUGACAAUAUCAAAAUGCUCUUUCUACCUCCAAAUACAACAUCUCUCCUUCAACCAAUGGACCAAGGAGUAAUAGCAGCCUUCAAAGCCUAUUAUUUGAGGCGUACAUUUAAGAAACUUAUUGCAGCUACUGAGGAAGGAAAUGAUGAGGCCAGUGUUCUUCAGUUUUGGAAAAAUUUCAACAUCAAGCAUGCAAUUGACAUCAUUGUGGAGGCCUGGGGUGAAGUAAAAGAUCUACAACAACUUGUUGCUGCUGGGGAAAUAGAAGAUGCCGAAGAUGAAGAAGUCCAGGAUGCAAAACCACGAGAGCUUCCCACUUCUGUUUUGUCUUCUAUCCUGAGGGAAGUUGAUAAGCAGUUGCAGAUCUUGGAAGACAAUGACUACAAUGCAGAAAGGAGCAGGAUUGCAGAUUUUGCCACUGAUUAA